UUCCUAGUCGGAUUCGUUUCUGCUGCACCAUGACGGGAACUCCUGAAGAUUCCUUAAGACCUAGUUUUAGGGUAGUUUUUUAAAAUAAAUCUCAAGGCUAUAACUACAAUAGAAUCACACGUAGUUGGCCCCAUCCUUCCCAUUUUACCACAGUAUUCUAGAGCUCUCUCACUACAUUUUGAAAUACAUUCAUGGAAUUUUGAAAUUCGUUACUUGCGUAGAUCUUUGAGGCUGCAUCAGUGUUAGAAGAGGAGUUAUGAAACAUAGGUCUGCACUUCUUCCCCUUAGUUAGUUCUUUACCAUGUCGAACCGAAGACGUGUGCAUGUCUGGUCUAAGUACAGAAUGCCUAUAGAUUUUACCCACAAAUUUUAGACCUGAAUAAUUCCUCUGCAAGCAGGACAUAGGUAUGAUAAGCAGAAGAAUUAAAAGGCACUGCUGGAUGAUGUUUUACAGGAAUCCUUUAUGGGGGGCUGCAGCAGUAUCUGUCCAAAGAUUACUAUAGUUCCACCUUGUUUGAAAAGCAGCACAACCACGUUGAUUGAUCAGAAUGUAUGUGUUGAAGAGGCUCAGGGAAUAAAUGGGAAAACGCCAGCAAAACACCCAGCUCCAAGUCCAAAGCCACAAGUGCCUCCAAAGCCAUUACAUCUGCAGAAUUCACCUUCGUCCAAUAUACACCAAACCCCCAGGCACAAAGCUUUAUCUAGUGCAAAACCAAGGAUGGAGGAAGUAAAACCUGCCUCUGCUUCUUGUGUCUCAAAAGAAAAACCCAGUAAGGUAUCAGAUCUCAUCAGUCGCUUUGAAGGAGGCAGCCCAUUAACAAAUUACAGUGAAUUGAAGAAAGAUUCUGCUAUAAACCUAAAUGUUCCUAGAACCCCAGGAAGGCACGGAUUGACAACCACACCUCAGCAAAAACUCCUCUCCCAGUACUUACCAGAGAAGCAGGGACAUGAUACGGAUCACACUCAGGGUGUACAGACUUGCGUGGUUAAUGGUAUGGUAGCAGCACAAAACCAGAUGGAAUGUGAGGAGGAUAAAGCAGCCACUCUUAGCCCAGAUACUCCUGUUCAGACUUCCGAACCCUUGCCCAAUACAGACUUAGUAAAUGGAGAAAAAGAAGAAAAAACCACAGUCCCUGCAUUGCCCACAACAAGUGACUGUGAGGAAAGUGCUUCUGACAGUAGCUGCAGGACUCCACCUGUCGGCCCAGUGCUCCCCCUGGAAGAAGGGAGGGCAGACACAGAAGACAAGGUACAAGAGAGGGAAAAUGGAGAAAGCCCUCUGGAAUUGGAUCAGCUAGACCAACAGCAUGAGAUGAAGGAGACCGAUGAGCAAAAACUUCACAAAAUAGCCAAUGAGCUUUUGCUUACGGAAAGAGCUUACGUCAGCCGACUUGACCUCUUAGAUCAGGUAUUUUACAGCAAACUAUUGGAAGAAGCAAAUCGAGGCUCAUUUCCAGCAGAGAUGGUGAAUAAAAUCUUUUCUAAUAUUUCAUCAAUAAAUGCCUUCCAUAGUAAAUUCCUAUUGCCAGAGCUGGAGAAGAGAAUGCAAGAAUGGGAAACGACUCCUAGAAUUGGUGACAUCCUUCAGAAAUUGGCACCAUUCCUUAAGAUGUAUGGAGAAUAUGUGAAGGGGUUUGAUAAUGCAAUGGAAUUGGUUAAAAACAUGACAGAGCGUAUUCCCCAGUUCAAGUCAGUAGUUGAAGAAAUUCAGAAACAGAAGAUCUGCGGAAACUUGACUUUGCAGCAUCACAUGCUAGAACCUGUUCAGCGGAUUCCCCGGUAUGAGAUGCUCCUUAAGGAUUACCUAAGGAAACUGCCCCCUGAUUCUCUGGACUGGAAUGAUGCUAAAAAAUCACUUGAAAUUAUAUCUACAGCAGCAAGCCAUUCUAAUAGUGCAAUAAGAAAAAUGGAGAACCUAAAGAAACUCUUAGAGAUUUAUGAAAUGUUGGGAGAAGAAGAAGACAUUGUAAAUCCUUCAAACGAACUAAUAAAAGAAGGACAGAUCCUCAAGCUAGCUGCUCGGAACACAUCAGCACAAGAACGCUACCUUUUCUUAUUCAACAACAUGUUGCUGUACUGUGUGCCAAGAUUCAGCUUGGUGGGCUCUAAAUUCACAGUUCGAACCAGGGUUGGCAUCGAUGGAAUGAAAAUUGUGGAGACUCACAAUGAAGAAUAUCCACAUACUUUCCAGGUAUCUGGGAAAGAGAGGACACUGGAACUACAAGCCAGCUCUGAGCAAGAUAAAGAGGAAUGGAUCAAGGCACUUCAAGAGACUAUUGAUGCUUUCCAUCAGAGGCAUGAAACCUUCAGAAAUGCAAUUGCCAAGGAUAAUGACAUUCAGUCAGAGGUUUCUACUGCUGAACUAGGAAAAAGGGCUCCAAGAUGGAUCCGAGAUAAUGAAGUUACGAUGUGUAUGAAAUGCAAAGAGCCUUUUAAUGCACUGACACGGAGAAGGCAUCAUUGUCGAGCAUGUGGUCAUGUGGUUUGUUGGAAGUGUUCUGACUAUAAAGCUCAACUUGAGUAUGAUGGUGGUAAAUUGAGCAAAGUUUGUAAAGACUGUUAUCAAAUAAUAAGUGGCUUCACAGACAGUGAAGAAAAGAAAAGAAAAGGAAUUUUAGAGAUUGAAUCAGCAGAAGUAUCUGGAAACAGCGUGGUGUGCAGCUUUCUUCAGUAUAUGGAAAAGUCAAAACCUUGGCAGAAAGCUUGGUGUGUGAUCCCCAAACAAGACCCUCUUGUACUGUACAUGUACGGUGCCCCCCAGGAUGUCAGGGCCCAGGCCACCAUUCCACUCCUGGGCUAUGUUGUGGAUGACAUGCCAAGGAGUGCAGACCUGCCACAUAGUUUCAAACUGACCCAGUCCAAGUCUGUACACAGCUUUGCUGCAGACAGUGAGGAACUGAAACAGAAGUGGCUGAAGAUCAUCCUUUUAGCUGUCACAGGUGAGACACCAGAUGGUUUUAGCAAGCAUCUGGACACUUUGGACGGUCAUCCUGAAUCUAAAAGAAAAUCAGAAUGCUGAGCUCCAGGACCAACUGUAGUGUGUGUGUGGUGGGGGAGGGGGGUCUUAAGAUUUACAGCCCAAGACAUUCCCAGCUCUCCUUAUUCAUCUCUUAGCACUUUAUGUUGAAAAAUACAGGUUCAUAAAUGCAUCUUUGGGGGACUAUUUUCCUAUGUUUAUGUAGUCUUAAGUGAAAUUAACAUGCAGAGCCAUUCUACUCAUAAAGGUUUGAAAUAAUGUGAAAAAUGAAGCAUUUUUAAAUGAGCUUUUCUUUGAAUAUGUACUUGUGUCUUGAAAAAAAAGUGGUAUCAAUUAAUGCUGUCACUUCAGGUUAGAAAAGGCCACUUUCGUUUAAGAAAUCCUUUAAUGUCUUCACUUUCACGAGUAGGAUUUGUAAUGGUUUGAAAGAUAUACCUCCAUGUUGCCAAAAUAGAUCCACGGU